AUGCAAUCAUUCAUACAGUAUCGCAGGAUAGGUCUCGGAGUCCGUAAACAAUUGGAAAGAGAUUCAGAAAAGUCGGGUUUUUCCUUCACUCAAUCACGUCUUCCGCCUCAUGCGCAAAGCACAACACAUCAAGAAACACCCUCCUCAUCCAGCUCUUCAAAUUCUGCCAACAGCAAUACAUCUGACUCACAGCGAGAUUCCAUUACCUCAAAUGAGGACGAGGAAAUUGUAGAAGAGUCUCAUCUUGGUCAUACUUUAACCGGUAUUCAUGUUCGAGAUCGAACUACGCAUGAAGGAAAGGGAGAAAAGGUAUUCAUAGUAGACUGGGAAGGACAAAAUGAUCCUCAUAAUCCACGGAAUUGGAGUGUGGCGUACAGAGUCUGGAUAACUUUGAAUGUUGCUUUGAUAGCAUUUGUAGUAGGCGCCGCGUCUUCUACGGAUACAGCUGUUCUUCCUCAAGCUGCGGCCGACUUUGGUGUUAGUGAUGUGGUUGAGUCGAUGACCAUAGGUCUUUAUCUUGUUGGCUUUGCUGUCGGUGCUGCAUUUGCUGGUCCAUUUUCAGAGACAUUCGGACGUAAUGCCGUGUACAUUGUAACCAUGUUCAUAUUCAUGAUCUUCAUUAUGGCCUCGGCAUUAGCACCUAACAUCGGUGCACAACUUGCGUUUCGUUUUCUUGCUGGUAUAUUUGGAGCUACACCUCUGACCUGCGCUGGUGGAUCGAUCUCAGAUCUGUGGAAUCCAAUCGAGAAAACUUUCGCUUUUCCAAUAUACGCAAUCGCUGGCUUCAUAGGGCCAGUGCUGGGACCGGUCAUUGGAAGCUACAUCAUCAACCUGGGUAGUUGGCGUUGGGCAGAGUGGAUUGUACUCAUUAUCUCAGCGGUCGUCCUGGGAAUCAUCGUUCUUUUCCAACCCGAAACCUUUCCACCUCUCCUUCUACGAUGGAAAGCACAACAUCUUCGCCACGAAACAGGAAACACGAGAUUCAGCAGCGAGAUGGAAAUCAUCCAAAAGCCACUAGGAUCCCGGCUUUACGAAGCACUCACCAGAUCAAUAACCCUGUCAUCAGAACCAAUCGUUCUAUCCAUGGCUUUAUAUCUAACCGUCCUCUACAUCGUCCUCUUCACCUUCCUCGACGGCUACACAUACAUCUUCCAAGAAGUCUACGAUAUAAGCCAAGGCCUCACAAAUGUGAUUUUCACCGGCAUAUGCGUCGGCAUCUUACUCGCUUCCUUCCUCGUACCAUGGCGCUACAUUGAAACGAAAAAGAGUUUCGCCAACAAUAAGUUCGUGCCGGAACAACGUCUCCGGUUCGCAAUGCUAGGCGCACCCGCAAUUCCCAUCUCACUAUUUUGGAUGGCGUGGACUUCUUACUCCCACAUAUCCAUCUGGUCGCCUAUCCUAGCAUCCACGCUGCUCGGCUACGGCCUCAUCUGCAUCUUCAUGACCGCCUACAUGUACAUCAUCGACUCCUACGAGGUAUACGCCGCCUCCGCACUCACGUUUGUCACGGUCACCCGCUAUGCAAUUGCAGGCGGCAUGACGAUUGCUGGUGUGCCGUUUUAUCGGGAUGUGAGUCAUCAUGUCGUGCUUUCUGUGCUUGGGGGAGUGAGUUUGGUGUUGAUGCCUGUGCCCUAUGUGUUUUAUAAAUACGGACAUGUUGUGCGGAGGAGGAGUCGGUGGGCUGUUAGUUGGGAUGGAGGAGUGGGGGUGGAAUUGUAG